CCAAAGGCGACUCCCCGGGCAACAGAAGAAGACGCUCGUCGAGCGGGCAUUCCAACGGGCUACUCAUACAAGAACUGGGAUCCGACCGAAGAGCCUAUCACGUUGCUGGGCUCCGUUUUUGACGCCAACUCGCUCGGCAAGUGGAUCUACGACUGGACUGUCUUCCACCACGGCCCCAGCACGUUGCUGGGUAGCGUUUUCGACGCGUACAGUAUACUGCUUAGUUCUAUGCAUGGGGGCCUCCGCAGCAUGGCCAAUCCUCUUGCGUCCCCACAGACACCAAAUCACUCCCGCGACCUCAAGCGGCACUAUGAAAUAUACGGCACUUUAGCAAACACACCGGUUGCAGCAUUCCCAGACACCGGAUCAGGGCGCAACGUAAUGUCUCUUGCCUUUGCUGAUGAGAAUAAGCUAAGGAUCGACUACUCAACCCAAUUCGAUUUCCUGCUACCUUCAGGCAGAAUUACUCGCUCUGUAGGAUCCGUGAAAGUGCCAUGGAAAUUUGCCGGCGAGUCUUCACCCUUCGACGUGGUUUUCUCGGUGCUCCCAAAAUGCACUCAUCCAGUAAUUCUCGGCAAAGACUUUUUGAAGCUCACUAAAACACUGACGAGGUUUACUCACCGCAUCACAUCAAAGCUUCGGGCAUUUGCUGCUCCAAAGAGUGUACACUUGUUGGGGCCACAGAACGAACGAGUGCUAGGCAUUCUCGAUGGACGACCAGUUACUGCGGUGCCUGAUACCGGAUCUGAUGUCAUGCUCAUGUCGCGAGCUUAUGCAGAACGGUACAACCUUAUCAUCUUCGAAGAUCAGAGUCUUCGAUCUGAACUUGAAUUUGCGGAUGGUUCUCGUGCGUUUACCAGCGGAAUGGUCACGGAUCUGGAGUGGACUUUCGCAAACUCUGAUACAGCUUUUCGUUGCGAUUUCCAUGUCCUGGACGACCUCGUGGUGGAUGUAGUAUUGAGCAACGACUUUUUGUUUGAUACAGAAGCGUUCUCAUUGUAUGCGCCAUGCUUCUAUGAAGAAGGGGCCUCUAUCCCGGACCUCAGCUAUGAGCUGAGCUUGGUGAAGCAGAUAAGCUGGUUCGGAAACAGCUUUCGGAGGUUGUUAAAAAAGACCACCGCGACAGAGUCUGAACCGUAUAAUGACCAGCCAUCUGAGCUUCGGAAGGAGCUCCAACGCAGAGACGACGCAGAAGAGGCUAUUGCGUCUUUGCCACAAAGUGAGCAGCUUGCCGCUCAGCUCAUGGAAAAGCGCCGUAGAGAUACAUGGCAAAGGUCUCGACAACCACCUGGGCGCAUUCGUGUCGUCGGCAACUCCGUUCCUAGUACUCCGCCGUGAGAAGCCCAUCCCAGUCAUUGUGGGGGCUUUCCAGUUUCGGUGAUCUUGCGUGAAAGGUUGCAUUUUGUCUCGAUUUGUAGCCAGACUUUUGUCUCGCUUUGUAGCCAGCCUUUUGUCUCGUUUUGUAGCCAGUCUUUUGUCUCGUUUUGUAGCCAGACUUUUGUCUCGUUUUGCAGCCAGACUUUUGUCUCGUUUUGUAGCCAGGCUUUAUUAGUAGUGUAUCCGACACGAAGCGUGUUUGCCCUCAUAGAUUAACAAAGGAAUAUACCGCAAUGUUUACAUCCC